CACUUGCAUCCUAACAGCUCGAUUUGUACGGCCCAAGGGCACGUGGAGCCUUUAGAGAGGGUGUGGGACACACAACGUAACGAGCUACUACGGGAACGAUUUCUGUUACAAAAUCAUUGACGCCAUCUCAAUAGUCCAUAAGACUACUGCUCCUACCAAUCUGCUAAAUGACGGUAAUACCCCUCUAGCAUGAAAUAACUGCAACCACUCUUCCAGACAUUUCCUUCCUCAAUGCGAUUCGCAUGCCAUGUAAACGUUGCUUGAAGCAGUGUAUAAAUAUUCUAAAUCUUUCUGUCCCGCCACAUUUGCACAUUUCUGUAGUUUCAAAUUUUCAAAAACGCAAACAUUCCGAGAGCUUUCUUCUCCUCUCUCUCUCUCUCUCUCUGUGUCUCCGAUACAGUUCUGGAUUUUAUCCGUGGACGCCGAAACCAUGGUUGUUGUUCAGAAAGUGAAGGAAGCAGAAAUCACUGAGCAGGACUCUCUUCUUCUGACGAGAAACCUGCUCCGCAUUGCUAUAUUCAAUAUCAGUUACAUCAGAGGCCUCUUCCCGGAGAAGUAUUUUAACGAUAAGAAUGUUCCUGCUUUAGAGAUGAAGAUCAAAAAGCUUAUGCCAAUGGAUGCAGAGUCACGCAGACUUAUUGAUUGGAUGGAGAAAGGUGUAUACGAUGCGCUGCAGAACAAGUACCUGAAGACACUUUUGUUCUGCGUAUGUGAAGCUGUAGAUGGACCAAUGAUUGAGGAAUAUGCAUUUUCUUUCAGUUACUCAGAUUCUGAUAGCCAGGAGGUGUCAAUGAAUAUCAAUCGUACUGGAAACAAGAAACAAGGUGGAACAUUCAAGUGUAACUCUACAGUUGAAGUUACUCCUAACCAGAUGAGGAGCUCUGCUUGUAAAAUGGUCCGGACACUAGUUCAACUGAUGAGAACUUUAGAUAGGAUGCCUGAAGAGCGAACCAUACUGAUGAAGCUCCUCUACUAUGACAAUGUAACGCCAGCAGAUUAUGAGCCUCCAUUUUUCAGAGGCUGCACAGAGGAGGAAGCUCAUAAUCCAUGGACCAAAAGUCCUUUGAAGAUGGAGGUUGGGAAUGUAAACAGCAAGCAUUUUGUGUUAGCUCUCAAGGUUAAAAGUGUGCUUGAUCCUUGUGAGGAUGAAAUUGGAGACGGUCAAGAUGAUGAAGUGAGCUUAGGAGCAGGGUCUUUGCAACGGGAUGGGUAUUCUGAUUCUGACAGCGAGGGUGAUAAUUUGCAAGACGAUCAAUACAUAGUUGCCCCAGCUGAUAAACAACAACAAGAAGAUAAUGGCAUGGUUGAAGAAGAUGAUACUCAAGAUCCAGUUGAAGAUGAACAACAAUUGUCCCGUGUAAAGGAUUGGAUAACUAGCCGCCACACUGAUACUAUUGAACUUACUGAUGUUCUGUCAAGUUUCCCAGAUGUCACACUGGUGCUGAUUGAAGAUAUCAUGGAUAAGCUUGCCAAAGAAGGUGUUCUGUCCAUAUCAGGAAGUGACACUUAUAUCAUUAACAGGAAGAAGAAGUCUGACUAUGAAUUUAGCCUUGUUAAAGAAGAAGUAGAUGGUCAAACAGUCCCGGUUGGUGGUAAAGAUCAGCAUGUUGAUGAUUACAUGUACAUGAAGGCUCUGUAUCAUGCACUUCCAAUGAAAUAUGUGACAGUUGCAAAGCUUCAGAGCAAGCUUGAAGCCAACCAGACCACUUUGCGCAAGAUAAUUGAUAAAAUGACACGAGAUGGUUUUGUUGAAGCCAAAGGCACCCGAAGGCUGGGCAAACGGGUUAUUCAUUCUGAUAUGACUGAGAAAAAGCUAAUUGAAGUCAGGAACGCUUUGGAUAAUGAUGCUAUGGACAUCGAUACCGUUGAACUGAUUAGCAAGUCAAGUCAUUUAGGGAAUAAAGAUAGGGACAUGUCCACAUGUGGUGUCCUCCACUCCAUUGGAUCAGAACAAACACGAAUGAAGGUACUAUCUGAUACAAUUCUAAAUGGUUCAACAAGGAGUGAACAGACAGUUACUAAGAGAAAGGAUUUAGGAAACACUCCCACAAGCAGGGUUGAACCAGUUGCUUCAAGAGAGAGUGUUGUGCCAGGAAAUGAAAACAGAGCAAAUGGCAACAGAAAGUACCGCGAAGAGAUCGACGGAUUUAUCUGUAGCAGAUCUACCCAAGAUAAGCGGACCAGAAAAACAAGCACGGUCAAAGAGCCAAUCCUCCAGUACAUGAAGCGCCAGAAAUCACAACCCCUGGGAGUGUGAUGAUGAUACUGGAAUUCCUCUUUUGCUUUAGUUUCCACAUAUACAUGUGUAUUGAAUUUUAUCUUCUGACUGGAUAGGAAACAUGUUAUACACUCGUAAGCAUUGACAAUGAUGUGGUGGUAUGUUUCUAAGCAAAUGGUCAAAUUUUAUAAGGCUUUUACUCGA